AUGGCCUCUGUGCUCCUCCCCUACAUCUCCUCCAUCUAUCUCCCUCUCAAGCCCCACCAAAUCCUCAAGCUCCAUCUCUCACUUUUCCCUCACUCUCCAAACCCCGCAAGAACCCUCUUCCUCAGACCCCUCUCUCGCUGCUGCUCUUCCUCCUCCGCCGUUCCCCAAACUCCACAUCCUCCAAACAGCAUCAAUGGAGAUCUUGGGCCUUACUUGUCCUGCUCUAUGCCCCAUCAGAGCCUUAAAGUUGCCGUCUUGCUUAGCGGCGGCGUCGAUAGCAGUGUCGCCCUCCGCCUCCUCCAUGCCGCCGGUCACUCCUGCACCGCCUUUUACCUCAAAAUUUGGUUCCAAGAAGACUUUGAGAACUUUUGGUCAGAAUGCCCAUGGGAAGAAGAUUUGAAGUAUGCAAAAGCUGUCUGCAAUCAGGUUGAUGUCCCACUAGAAGUCGUGCAUUUGACGAAUGAAUAUUGGAAGAAUGUGGUGUCCUACAUUAUUGAAGAGUAUCGAUGUGGUAGAACUCCUAAUCCAGACGUUCUUUGCAAUACAAGAAUAAAGUUUGGUGCAUUCAUGGAUGCCAUCAGCUGUAUGAAGUUUGACUAUGUGGCAUCUGGACAUUAUGCAAAUGUUGUCCACCCAUCUGCAGGUGAAAUGGACAAGGAUUCAGUUUUAGAACUAUCACAAGAUAUGGUGAAGGAUCAGACAUACUUCCUUUCACAUCUUUCUCAGGCUCAACUUAAGCAAUUAAUAUUCCCACUUGGUUGUCUGUCAAAGGAUGAAGUUCGCAAGCUUGCAACGAAGUUUGAUCUGCUUAACAAACAGAGAAAGGAUUCACAAGGAAUAUGCUUUCUUGGGAAGAUAAAGUUCAGUGAAUUUAUUGCAAGACACAUAGGGGAGAAGGAAGGUAUCAUAUUGGAAGCUGAGACAGGAGAUUUCCUAGGAACACAUCGGGGGUUUUGGUUCUACACUAUUGGUCAACGACAAGGUCUACGCCUUCCGGGAGGACCCUGGUAUGUUGUUGAGAAGGAUAUAAAAAACAAUGUAGUGUUUGUGUCAAGAAAUUACUUUUCGGUUGACAAAAGAAGGCGCCUGUUUCGUGUUGGCUCCUUGAAAUGGUUAAAUGGUUUUCCCCCAAACCAGAUCAGUCAGCUACAGUGCAAGGUUAGACAUGGGCCUGGUUUUCGUAAUUGUAGCUUAAUAAUGGAACCUGGUGCAUAUGGUCAUGAAGAUGUUGCAGUUGUCCAUUUAUCUGAAGAUGAUCAAGGCCUGGCAGCUGGGCAGUUUGCAGCCUUCUACCAGGGAAGAACUUGCUUGGGCUCCGGUGUAAUUUUGGAGUCUUGGGAUGAUCAAGGUUUUCCUGUAUGUGCAAGAGCUCUUGAAAUUGCAAGAAUGGAAGAUAAGUCACUUCUUGGUAAACCCGUUAAGAUAAAAGUAAAACCAGAGAAUCCGAUAACGGAGUCUGAUCAGGUAGAUGGCAUGGAACUUUGUCGAGGACUGAAACAUUCUGGAAUUUCUGCUGCCAAACAACGCAUGCAGGUAUCUCAAGGAGAAGCAAUAACCCAAUUCCCUGUAAAUUGGCUGCAGAAGUUUCGAGAGAAGUGGUUGCACAUAUUCUAG